UUUCUUGUCAUUACAAUGGGUGGGAUCAACCUGGAAAACAAUACAGGCAAUAGUAGUAGUGAGAUAAGAAGAGGUCCAUGGACCAUUGAAGAAGACAACUUACUUAUUCAGUCUGUAAGUUUCAAUGGCGAAGCCCACUGGAAUUCCCUGGCUAAAUAUUCAGGGCUUAAGAGAACAGGGAAAAGUUGCAGGCUGAGGUGGUUGAAUUAUCUGAGGCCCGACGUCAAACGUGGAAACCUUAGCCCCCACGAACAGCUCCUGAUUCUUGAAUUACAUUCCAAAUGGGGUAACAGGUGGUCCAAAAUUGCAAAAGAGCUUCCGGGACGAACAGAUAACGAAAUCAAGAAUUACUGGAGAACCCGGGUGCAAAAACAGGCCCGACAGCUCAAGCUCGAUUCCAACAGCCUUAAAUUUGUCGAAGCUGUGCGAAAUAUUUGGAAGCCUAGGUUGCUCGAGAAAAUGGAUCAAGAUUCAUCGUCAUUAAUUUCCUCAUCUCCAUUGUCGUCGUCGUCAUCAGCCCUGGCAAUUCAGACCAAACUGGAAUCCCCGGCUCCGCCGCCAUUUUCCGGCAGCAGCCACCUGCCGGAAUGUUCAAAUUCCGGCGAUCCAGGCUGUAAUUCCCCGGCGGAAGUGAUCGAUAUUCGUCAAUCAGGUGGUGAGGAUUUCAUCAAUGGCAACUUUCUUGAUGAUCAGUUUGGGACAUCAAUGGAGAACCAUGACGAGGGUUAUAAUUUUUAUAGUUAUAAUAAUUACGAGGGGAUUUGUUAUAACGAUGAAUAUGGGAUGCAAGAAUUUGGGUACUAUGAUACUGCCUUGUCCGAAUGCCACGUGGCGGCGGCGGAGUGGUUGGGAGAUAGCACUUCGUGGGAUAUUGUUAGUGAUAAUGAUGGGCUGUGGCAAUUUAGAAAUAUUCCUUCAAGUUGA